CAGAGACGGACACAGCUUUCAUUUGUUACCCAGACGAUUAACCAUGUCUCACAUAGCUGUGGAGAGAAACAGAAGGAAACAGAUGAACGAGCACCUCAAAGUUCUACGCACUUUAACCCCAUGUUUCUACAUCAAAAGGGGAGACCAAGCAUCAAUCAUAGGGGGUGUGAUAGAUUUCAUCAAGGAGUUGCAUCAAGUUUUGCAGUCUUUGGAAUCUAAUAAACGGAGGAGGAAGAGCCUAAGCCCUAGCCCUAAUCCAAGUCCGACACAGCCACUGCUACUACUGCCACCGACUCCGCCACCCCAACUUGAUCAAAGCCCUAAAUUCAAUUUUGGGCUGAUCGAUCAAAAUCAUGACCGUGCGAUCAAAGAACUAGGAGCAUGCUGCAACUCUCCGGUGGCAGACGUCGAAGCGAAACUCUCAGGGUCCAACGUCGUGUUGAAGAUAAUAUCCAGGCGAAUUCCAGGUCAAGUUGUGAAGAUAAUAAGUGUGCUGGAGAGGUCUUCAUUUGAGGUCCUUCAUCUCAACAUAAGUAGCAUGGAAGACACUGUCUUAUACUCUUUCGUCGUCAAGAUAGGACUGGAGUGUCAGUUGAGCGUAGAGGAACUAGUUCUUGAAGUUCAACAGAGUUUGCGCUCGGACACUGCUUAACUUAGAAGAUCGAGGAACACAAACACAAUAACCAGACGACAUAUUAUUAGUUUGAUCGAGU